CAACGGACUCGCUGUGUCAGCAUUGGCAGCUUUCGGUUUCAAGGCGCAUAGGAAUGGGCUCCUAAUACAAUAGUGUCACGCAUGCACGCACACUGAAAAAUAUAUGCAUCAUGCGCCAUCAUCAUGAACGCGAAAGACUCUUUCCGCAGCUGUUUGCCCGGCUUCAAGCCGCGGUGCCUUACGUGUCUACCGCUCUAGUCGGUCUGCUGGUGCUGUACAUACUAUUGUGGAAUGCGGCAAAGGCACGUCGUCGUCGUGCAGUCCCGGGCGCUAAGGAGCUACCAGUGCCGCCCGCGCUGCCCCUGCUCGGCCACUGGCUCGCGCUGCGCGCCCGCGGCCGUGGCAGCGAGCCCGGCGACACGCACCUGCGCACGCUGCGCCGCUGGGCGGAGGCGCACGGCGGCGCCUUCCGCCUGCUGCUGCCGCGCGCCUGGCUGCUGCCGGGCGGGCUGGGCCUGGGCCUGGGCGGCGGGGGCGGGCGGGCGGCCGGCGAGGUGGUGGUCCUGAGCGACCCGGCCGCCGUGCACGCGCUGUUGGCCCUGGGGGAGGACGUGGCGCCCAAGUCAACUGCCUACUACCGCUCGCUGGAGCAGGUGCUGCACAGCCCUCCUGCGCCCUCGCUGCUGACCAGCACCGCGGCGGCGCAGUGGCGGGCGGCGCGGCGCUCGCUGCUGUUUGCCUUCAGCCGCUCCGAGCUGGAGCAGGACUUCGAGGUUGCCAAGGCCAAGGCUCUGUCGCUGGCCUCUGUGGUGCUGGGUCUGGGCCCGGGCGUGGUGUUGGACGUGGACGACGCGGCGCUGCGGCUCAGCCUGGACGUGGCGGGGCUCAGCAAGCUGGGCUACGACUUCCAGGCGGUUGAGGCCACGGGCCAGGUGCUUCUGCUGCGGCUGCUGGGCGAGGUGGCGGAGGAGUGGGACGCGCGGCGGCGGCGGCUGCUGCCGGCGUGGGCGGCGCCGUGGCUGCUGGACUCGGCGGCGGAGGCCAGCAGCAAGUGCCGCAUACUGCAGGACUUCAUUGAGGGGGAGCUGUGGGAGGACAUCGCCAGCCGCGGGCCGCCGCCGCCCGAGGACAUCACUCUGGCGGCGCAGAUCGUGCGGCUGUGUCACUCGCUGAACCGCGGCGGCGUGUCGGCCCGGCCUUCCGGCGCCGCGGCUGCCGGCGGCGGCGGUGUGGCUCGCGCGCUGUGUGAGCUGACGGCCCAGCUGCUGCUGGGGCACGAGCCUGUGGGUCACAGCCUGGCGUGGGCUCUGGGCUGUCUGGCUCGGAACCGGGCGGCGCAGGACAAGCUGGUGGCGGAGCUGAAGCGGGAGGGCGUGUAUGACGCGCCGCACACCGCCCUCACCUGGACCAUGCUGCACCGCCUGCCCUUCCUGGACUGCUGCGUGCGCGAGGCGCUGCGCCUGUACCCGGCCCAGCCCUGCCCCGCCACCGUGCGGCAGCUCAACAAGGACGUGGUGCUGGCGGGCUGGUCCGUGCCGGCGGGCGCCGAGGUGUGGGUGGACGUGCAUGCCAUGCACCGCAACCCGCAGCUGUGGCGCGACCCCGACCGCUUCAACCCAGAGCGAUGGGCCGAGCACGUGGCGGCGCGGCGGCAGGCGGCAGAGGCGGAGGCGGCGGGGGCGGCGGCGGCCGCUUCCAAGGGCCAGGCUCAGGGGAAGAAGGGCGGAAAGAGGCAGGGCGGCGGCGAGGGUGGUGCCGCGGGCACAGGCUACGACGGCAUGCACACCGUCGAGCCAGACCCCUCGGACGCGGUGGCGGCGACGGGCACAGACGAAACCCGCGCCAGCGGCGCGGCAGGCGCCGACAGGCAUCAAGACGCGGCGGCGGCGGCAGCCGCCGCCGCCGCCGCCGCCUCUUCCUCUGCGGCGGCGGGCGGCGAGGCCUCUGAGGCUCCGCUGUGCAGCCCUCUGGCCUUCAUGCCGUUUGGCUCGGGGCCCCGCAGCUGCCUGGGCCAGCAGCUGGCGGCGGCGGAGCUCAAGGCGGCGCUGGCGGUGCUGCUGUGCUUCCUGGCGCUGGAGCCCACGGGCGACCCCGCGGACGAGCCGCGACCCGCCGCGGGGCUGUUCCUGCGGCCGGCGGGCGGGCUGCACCUGCUGCUGGUGCACAGGCAGCGGGGGCAGCGGGCGGGCGCGGCGUGAGCGCGGGCUGGGGCGGGCGUGGGGAGGAGGAGGACAGGGAGGCGUGGGCGGGCGGCGUGGGGCUGGGUUGUGCGGUAUGGCCGAGCGCAACGAAUAGGAGGGCGCGGGGUGAGGCGGGGGGAAAGGUGUGGUGCUUUGGAGGUUGGGCGAGAGCAGGAGAGGGCGGGGGGUGCAAUGCCCAAGCCCAACGAAAUUGGGGUCCCACUUGUCCAGGAAUCGGCGCCCAAACCGGGCAUGCAGUGUGAGCUCGGCGUACAGCCUUCAGUCUCCGUCAUCUGGGAGGUGGUGUCGGUAGUAGACUGUGGGCGCCGCGCCGCACCCACAAUGAGGGCGAAGACUGUCGAGGUGGAUGGUGCUUUGUGGUGGGUUAGGAUCGAGCGGGCAGGCGUGCUAUACUGCUUCCUUUAAGCAUCUUCGAUAACUGCUAUAUCCGAAGCAAGGCUGUGGGUAUUGGCUGGCUCGACCGUGGAGGGAGGCGCGGUGGUGGACUUUUACACGCUGAGAGGGAGAGGGCCGGUUGUCCUCACGCCCAUGCAGACCACAAGGGCAAGGAGCGUGCCGGGUGUAAGGAGUGCGUGAGCAGGCUGCUCGCAGGCCAGAUGAGCGGUCUGGCCGACAGCGGUGUUGGUGGUCGUGGGGGGAGCCGCAGACGCGUCAACGGGCCAAGUGCGGCGCCGUAGUGACCAGGGGCGGAGGUUGCCAGACCCAACAACCCA